AUGGCGUCCUCGAAGCAGUACCAAAUCCCCAGCACCCCGCGGGUGAUAUCUCCUUCGCCCACCCCCUCCGAAGCCAGCGCGCGAGACGGAUAUUUUGGCCCAGUGACGCGCUCUGCUGCCCGCGCCAACCGUCGCGCGCCAUCGCCACCUUCAAUAGACGAGGACAGCUCCAGCUCAGAUCCGGAGAAGCGGGCACGUACGAGGAGCAGAAGCCCGCUACUCGAUGGCAGGAAAAGGCGUUUGAGCGGUAUGACGGCUAUGAAGCCAGGACUAUCCGCAAGAGGUGCUGGCAAGAAGCCAAACCCGGCACUGCAGAACGGCACCUCGAACGGCCACCUGUCACCGGCGGCAGCGAACAAGAACUACUGGCGGGAGAUGAGUAGGAGUCCAAGUCCUCUAGGCCUCAUUCCUAUCCACCAGAAAUGGCGGUCAUUCAUUCACCGGCAUGAAAUUCCCCGCAAGGUCCUCCACGUCUCCAUCGGCUUCUUGACCACAUAUCUCUACUGCAGCGGGACGCAAACCUCGCAGAUCCACCCUGUCCUUCUCACUCUUCUCAUCCCUAUCGCUGCAACCGACCUCCUCCGCCACCGUUACCAUCAAGUCAAUCGCUUCUACAUUCGCUGCCUAGGCGCCCUGAUGCGCGAGUCCGAAGUCGACGGCUGGAAUGGCGUUAUAUUUUACCUGCUAGGUGCAUGGACUGUGCUGCGUUUCUUCCCCAAGGAUGUGGGUGUCAUGGGCGUGUUGCUUCUGAGCUGGUGUGAUACGGCUGCAUCCACAUUUGGCCGCCUUUGGGGCCACCGGACUUGGCGCGUUCGGAAGGGCAAGAGUCUCGCGGGCAGUAUCGCGGCAUGCAUAAUGGGUGUAAUCACUGCCGUAUUUUUCUGGGGCUGGCUGGCUCCACACAUGCCGGCGGCAUACGAUGCUCCGCCCAAUUCCUUCGCCUUCCAGGGCAGUCUCACACUCCCUCCGAAAGCUAGAGAGAUAUUGGGAUUGUCGGCAUCACAAAGCUCAAUCACGGGGCCCUUGGCUCUCGGUGUAAUGAGCUUGUGGGCAGGUAUCGCGGCCAGCGCGAGCGAGGCCAUUGAUCUGUUCGGAUGGGACGACAACCUCACCAUUCCGGUACUUUCAGCGGUAGGCCUUUGGGCUUUCUUGAAAGUCUUCGGCUAG